AUGACCCUCAAAGAUCAACCGUCCGUCGAGUCGCCGCGAGUGCCGCUCGCGUCGUCGUCGCGCGUGUCCUGGUCCCUCUUCCUACUCCUAGUAACCAUCCCGCUCUUGUUCCUGUUACAUAUCCUCGUGCUCAGAUACAGUUGCAUCGCUCCCGCAUGGACGGUGGCGAUCGAAUCCGACUCGCAGGACGAGUUAAAGCCCGUUGGCGGAGUUGCGGCGAUGAUUGACGUGAUCGGACCGCUGUCGGACCUCCGAGGGAGCAUGGGCGACUCGGAGACGGACCUGGGGGUGAUGGAAGAAGCGGACGCGCCGCGGAAGAUGGAAGAAGCGGAACCGGCGCCGCGAUGGAUGGAAGAAGCGGAACUGUCGCGACGGAAGGAAGAAGCGGAACCGCCGCGAGGGAUGGUUGACGCGGAGAGGAGUGCAGAUCGGUUGCAGUACCCGGGCAGGAAGCGCGUGGUGGGGCUCGUCGGGGUGUUCACCGAUUUCUCCAGCCGCGAGAGGCGCUCGCUGCUUCGCGACACGUGGUUCCCCGCCACGCCCGAGGAGCACGCGCGCUUGGAAGCAGAGGCGGGGCUGGUGUUUCGGUUCAUUAUCGGGCACGGCACGAGUGCGGAGGAGGAGGAGCAGCUGCAGGUGGAGAACAGCACUCACGGGGACUUGCUUCGCAUCGAUGUGGACGAGGCAGACUUCAAUGCCAACCGCAAGGCUCUCGUGUACUUCACAUCACUCUUCAAGCUCUAUGAAGCCGAGUUCUACGUCAAGGCAGACGACGACAUCUACCUCAUACCAGACCGCCUUGCUUCUCUGGUCGCCAUGCCAAGGAAGUCACCUCGAACGUACCUUGGAUGCUUCAAGAAUGGAGCCGUGGUGACCAACCCCGACAUGAGCGAGUUUGAGCCGAACUCACGACUGCUGGGGCCGCAGUAUUUCCUGCAUGCAUACAGCAACAUCUACUCCCUCUCCUACGGCGUCGUCAAAAUCCUCAACUCCGUUCCCAACGGCAGGUGA